AUAAUCGAGAGCGAGGGGGCAGCGAGAGAGAGAAGAACAAAGAGGGGGAGAAGCGUACCGCAAUAGGAUCUGGUAAACCAGUCGUGGUGUCUCUGCGACGUCGUUUCAAAAUGUCUGGACGCCAUGAGAAAGAGAAAGGCGUCAACGUUCAGGUUCUUCUUCGUUGCAGGCCGUUUAGUGAAGAAGAGUUGCGGAACAAUGCUCCCCAGGUUGUUACCUGCAACGAUUACCAGAGAGAGGUUGCAGUUUCACAGAGCAUUGCUGGGAAGCAUAUUGAUCGGGUUUUCACAUUUGACAAGGUUUUUGGUCCUUCAGCUCAGCAAAAAGAUCUAUAUGAGCAAGCUGUUAUUCCAAUUGUGAAUGAGGUUUUGGAAGGCUUCAACUGUACCAUUUUUGCAUAUGGUCAAACUGGUACUGGUAAAACUUACACCAUGGAGGGUGAAUGUAAAAGGUCAAAGAGUGGGCCCAAUGGAGAAUUGCCUCCAGAAGCAGGUGUCAUUCCCAGAGCAGUGCAGCAGAUUUUUGAUACAUUGGAGAGUCAAAAUGCUGAAUAUAGUGUCAAAGUUACUUUCUUAGAGUUAUAUAAUGAGGAGAUCACUGACUUGCUUGCCCCUGAAGAAAUAUCUAGAGCUGCUUUGGACGAUAAACAGAAAAAGCAGUUGCCUCUAAUGGAAGAUGGGAAAGGUGGGGUUCUUGUCAGAGGACUGGAGGAAGAAAUUGUAACAAGCGCUAGUGAAAUUUUUACCCUACUUGAAAGAGGUUCUGCAAAACGUCGCACGGCAGAAACUUUAUUAAACAAACAAUCAAGUCGGUCACAUUCUCUUUUUUCUAUAACAAUACACAUCAAGGAAGCAACCCCAGAAGGCGAGGAACUUAUUAAAUGUGGGAAACUGAAUUUGGUUGAUUUAGCUGGCUCAGAAAAUAUUUCUCGUUCUGGUGCUCGGGAGGGUCGUGCAAGAGAAGCUGGUGAGAUCAACAAAAGUUUACUUACUUUAGGACGUGUCAUUAAUGCUCUUGUUGAGCAUCUUGGGCAUAUCCCUUACAGGGAUAGCAAACUCACACGCUUACUUCGUGAUUCAUUGGGGGGAAGAACCAAAACAUGCAUUAUAGCUACAGUAUCACCUGCAGUUCACUGCCUAGAGGAGACCUUGAGCACACUGGAUUAUGCACACAGGGCGAAGAAUAUAAAGAACAAGCCUGAGGUUAACCAGAAAAUGAUGAAAUCCACUCUUAUCAAGGAUCUUUAUGGUGAAAUUGAACGUCUUAAGGCAGAAUGCUAUGCAGCACGUGAGAAAAAUGGUGUCUAUAUUCCAAAGGAGCGGUACUACCAAGAGGAGAGUGAAAGGAAGGCUAUGGCAGAUCAAAUUGAGCAAAUGGGGGUUUUGUUAGAAAACCAUCAGAAGCAAUUUGAGGAGUUGCAAGAAAAAUAUGAUUCCCAGGUUCGGCAAUGUUCUGAUUUGAGCAGCAAACUUGAUGCCACCCAGAAAAAUUUGAACCAUACCAGCCGACUUCUGGCCUCUACUGAGGAAGAACUAAAGAGAGUUCAAUAUGCUUUGAAGGAGAGGGAUUUUAUCAUAUCUGAACAAAGAAAGGCUGAAAAUGCUCUGACCCAUCAAGCAUGUGUUUUACGGUCUGACUUGGAGAAGUCUCUUCAGGACAAUGCUUCAUUAUUUUAUAAAAUUGAUAGAGAAGACAAACUAAAUGCUAGCAAUAGGUCUGUGGUAAACAGUUUCCAAGCGGAGCUUGCACAACAAAUUAGUUCUCUAUGCAACACGGUAGCCACAUCAAUGUCUCAACAAAAUGAACACCUCCAAUGUAUUGAGACACUCUGUCAUUCUUUUUUAGACACUCACCAAAAGGCUGUUCUUGAUUUAAAGAAGAAAGUGAUGGCUUCAAAGGCUUUGUAUAUUUCUCAUAUUGAGGCAGUGCAAAAUGUUGUUCGUUUGCACAAGUCAAGCUCUAAUGCUAGCUUAGAGGAGAUUUCAUCUUUGACUUCAUCCAAUGUACAGUCGAUUGAAGAAUUUUUAGAUGGUGAGGCUGUUGAAGCAAAUUCAAUAUUUGAUGAGCUUCAAGGUACCUUAUCAACUCAACAAGGGGAACUGGCGCUUUUUGCUCGGGAUUUGCGUCAGAGAUUCCAUGCUAGUAUGGAGAAAACAAGGGGUAUCUCUGAGUUUACUCAUGGAUUUCUUCACAACCUUCUGGAGGAAUCAAGAAAACUUGAGAAUCAUGCAACUAUAGCUGAAGAAACUCAGAUGAAGAGCAUUGCUGAAUUUCAGAAGGCUUAUGAGGAGCAGUCAAAAUCUGAUGCAGAGAAGCUUAUUGCUGAUAUGACUAAUUUAGUCUCUAAACACAUCCGUCGUCAAAAAGAGCUGGUGGAUGCAAGGCUUGUUGAUCUAAGAGAAACUGCAAUUGGAAACAAGGUAUCUUUGGAUGGGCAUGUUUCAUCAAUGGAUGGUAUCACAACAGAAGCAAAAAGAAAAUGGGAGGAAUUUUCUAUGGAAGCGGAGAAUGAUGCCAAAGAUAGUGCUGUUUUUGCUGCUGCAAAGCACUGUCGUAUGGAGUUACUACUGCAGCAGUGUGUAAGCACGGCUGAAACAGCUUCUAAGCACUGGAAAAGGACCCAUGACUCUGUGAAUGAGAUGGGUGGCACACAUGUAUCAGCUAUGUUGUCACUUGUCAAGAAUGCUUCAGAUAGUAAUCAGCAACAUGAUAGUGAGGUUUGUUCUGCAAGGGAUGCAGUCGAAGAAGAUGUGGGAAAGAGUAGUGAAAAUAUGCUUCACCACUUGGAUAGUGUGUCAGACCAGGAGCGAGGAUGUAUAUCUGAAGUAUUGGGAACUGUCAAAGCUCAUGCAGAUACUCUAAAGAUUUUAGAUGAGGACCAUUCUGGACAAGCUGCAUCUAUUGAACAGAAGGCACUCAAUACUUUCCAACAAAGAUAUAUGGAUUAUGAGCCAACUGGAAAUACACCAACAAGAAGUGAGCCAGAAAUUCCAAGCAAAGGGAGCAUUGAGUCGCUUCGAGCCAUGCCAAUGGAGGCCCUUCUUGACGAAUUUCGGGAAAAUCAUUCAUAUGAUUCAUUUGAAGUGAAGGAAACAAGACUGCCUCAUCUGCCACGCUCACCUCUCACGCAAAUCAACUGAAUACCGUGGGACUGUAUUUGUAUGAUGUAUUAUUGCCAUAUGAAAAAAUAGAAGGAUGCGGCACUGGUUGUGGGGGGCCUCUGGAAGCUUAUUUUCAGAAUGUCACAGGCCAAUGAUUGAAUAAAUCCCCAGUUGGGAUUUAGCAAUCCUAGAGUAGCAACAGAAGUUGUUAGUACAGGGACAGCUCCAUACUCGUGGUUUUAACUCUUAUUCUCAGAAUUCUGUUAUUCAGCAAUUUGCUGUGUAUUGUAAGGUGUUUUUCAGCAUUUGGGAAUUGAAAAUUUGACAAUUUUGAUGCGCAGAUGCUUAGUAAUAUAUUCAAAAUUCUGUCUUUCCCAAA